AUGCCCAAGUGCUAUGAUCAGCACUUGAUGGAGAAGAAGUGCAUCUUGCUCAUCAAGUGCUGCGACACCAGCCUGUUCGAUAUGGAACACGUCUACAUCACUUGCGUCUCCGAGAACAAAGACCGCCGCCACCUCGUCAUCAAGAAGGGCCCCAGCGCCCCCGGCCGCACACGUUUCCAGGCUCUGAGGCUUCUCUAUGUGGAGCAUCGUUGCAUUACAUACGAUCACCGCAGCACCCUCGUCAAGAAGGGCCCCAGCGCCUUUAGCGGCCUCAGAGGGCCAGUGCUGUUGGAUUGUUGGUGGAAAAGCGGAAGGAUGAUUGGAGGUAUUUAA